UUCGGCUCGGCCGGGGCCUCUCUAGCUGUAGCAGUUUAUAAGGUCGGGAUAGGACUCGGGACAAAAACACAGCAAAAAACCCAUCUUGGCCGGCUAUCCCCGAUCCCACCAAACCCCCGAGUCCCCGCCCACGACGAUGUCCGACCAUCGGCCGAAGCGGCUGCCAGACGCCGCUGCCGCCGUGGCCUCCCCGGCGGCGAAGCGCGCCUGCGACCCGUCCGCACCGGCGUUCCCCACGUACAAGGACGCGCCCGACCUGCCCCCCAAGAUCCGCCUCCUCUGCGAGAUCCUGGCCUCCACCGCCCCCGACGUGGACGCCGCGCUCGACGACGCCGACGUCCGCGUCACCACCGCCGACGUCGAGCAGGUGCUCCGCUUUUCCUACGCCCAUCCGCGCGCCGCCGUCGCCUUCUUCCGCUGGGCGGGCCACCGGCACCUCGGCCACGACCAUUCCCCCUACUCGUGGAACCUCGUCGUCGACAUCCUCGGCAAGAACCGCCUCUUCGGUCCCAUGUGGGACACCGUUGGCUCCAUGCGGACCCAGGGCCUGCUCUCCCUCGCCACCUUCGCCUCCGUCUUCUCCUCCCUGGCUGCUGCCCCCGGCAGCUCCCCGCUCAAGGCGUUCGUGGACAUGCCGCGCUACGGCAUGGAACGCGACACUCCCGCGCUCAACUCGCUCCUCUCCGCGCUCUGCCGGGCCAACCGCCUCGACGACGCCCGCGCCGUGAUCCCCGUGGCGCGCGCCGAGGCCGGCACGCGCCCGGACGCCGACUCCUACGCCAUCCUCCUCGAGGGAUGCGAGGCUGCCGCCGAUCCGCGGGUUGCUCGCGAAGUGUUCGACGAAAUGGUGCGCUCCAUCGGCUUCGAUCCUGCCAACGUGCCUGCCUAUGACUCCUUCCUCACAACGCUUGUUUCAAGUGACUCCUCUACGGCGCUACCGGAAGCGAUGGAGUAUCUUGCGAUCUUGAGCCGGCGCGGAUGUUCACCUGGAGAGAAGUUCUUCCGUGCUGCUCUCGCCGCACACCUUGAGGCGCGCGAAUUGCACGGUGCAAUGGUGGUUUGGAAUGACUUUGUCAGACAUCGGGGGCUCGUCCCGGAUAUGGAAAUGUACAACACAAUGAUCAUGCUGCAGGGCAGUCUUGGGCAUGCUGAGGUGAUAGUGGAGUAUCUCGACGACAUGGCCUUCAAUGGAGUGUUCCCCGACCCCAACACGUACAAUGUAGUCCUCCAGUUUUUGCUGAAGGGGAGGAAGCUCCGGGAGGCAGCGGCGAUCUUUAGUGAGAUGGUCAAGAAUGAGUGUUGGCCAAACGAGGCAAAUUGUUCGCUUGCUCUUCGCAUGUUCUUGGAUACACGUGAUUGGGAGAUGGGAAUCAAGGUGUGGAACUGCAUGGUGGCGAAUAACCUGCCACCAUUGGAGGAGAGUGGGAACAUGCUUGUAUCAAAGCUGAAGGACGAUAGGCUACCUGAGGCAUGCAAGUUUGCAGAAGACAUGAUUGAUCGGGGUAUCAAGUUGAGCUCUUCAACGCUGUCGAAGCUGAAGCAGAGCCUGCAGAAGAUUAAAAAAGGAGAGAUACACGAUCACCUACUUAGAAAAUGGAAGGCACACUAGUCUGUUGAGCUUUCUUAUAUGGGUUAACAGGGUUAAAGACUAGUGAGAUCGUUUCUUCAGUUAACAGCUUCAUGGUGAAUUUCUGGCUGCAACUAAGGAAGCGCAAGUUCCAAGUUUCCAACGCAGUUUCUAAAUUUUAAGUCUUCUGUGUACAAUGUAACAUAGCAGGUGAGAACCUUGUCGAAAAUACAUAUCAGGCAAGAAUGGUUUGGUAUCUUAAGACUUCGAGCUCCUUA